ACAUUUACUUACUUACUUUCUAUUUGCAGUCUCUUGGUUCGUACUUAAUUCCUUUCGUUUCCAUAAUUUAUAUUUACUUACAAAAUGUGGCUGAACAGCAGUUCUUUAUACAAUAAUGAGAGAGUUCUUCUUGAAGAAGACGCAUUAUCAUUACGCGAUCUGCCCGAAAAUGAAGAGAACCAAACAAAGAAAGAAUCUCCGCGAGGAAGCUUAACACAAGAAGAGUUUGAUUUCUGCUCCUGCGUUGGUUCUUUGUUGAAAGAUUCAGAAAUAUGCAGCGCAGAUGAAGUUUUUUUCCAAGGCCAAAUGUUGCCUCUACAUUGUUUGCCAAGCGAUAGGCAUAACAAUAAUGUUUUCAAGGGCGGAGCUACAUAUACUGAACGAGGUUUAAUUGAAUCCUCGUCCUCAACAAGUUUUUCUCAGCAAAUAAGCGCACUUGGAAUUCGAAACCAGUUUCGUUCUCAACCAAGCCCGACAACCCAGGUUCAAUUUUCAAAGAUCAUACACAGAAACAUCAGUAGACCUAACCCAAAGCCGAAAAUGUGGAGUCAUUUUCGUGUUGGGUUGGUGAAAACACCAGAAAUUGCAUUACAAGAUCUUAAAAUUCGAUGCAACAAGGAUUUCAUAAGUCAAAAUAGCACGAGUAGUAGAAGUAGCAAUAGCAGUUCGAGCAAUGACAAUAGAAGGAGGAUUAUAUUAAGCAAGAAAAAGAAGCAGAGGAAAAGAGUAUUUCCUGGAAGCUGCAAAUCAGUUGAAAUAGUUCCUAAUUCUAAAGUUGUUACAAUAAACAGAGCCAGCACAAAUAUGAAUUUGAAAGAGGAAAUGAAUGACCAUAAUUAUAAGGAUGUUACAGAGAUGACGGAGAACAAAAAAAAGAAACAAAUCGGGACACGUCAUCGAACGUUUGAAUGGUUAAAGCUACUUUCACUUGAAAGUCCAGCAGCUGAAACAUAGAGAUUCUAAACAUCAGUAUCACGUAUGAUUGAGAAGGGGAGCCGUAAAUACAGUGUUCUGCAAAAAUACAGAGUGAGAUUGCGUAGAAUAAACACUUGCAGUCCGAUUCUUUCUUGGACACUGCGCAUAGCGAGAGCAAAUUAGUGCAUCGAGCAGUUUUUUUUUUUUUAUUUUUUUUAUUUUUAUUUUUAUCACGCAUGCUUGAACUUUUGGUUCACUUUACUGUUCUUUUUCUGGAUGUACGUAUGUAGACCUUUUGUUACGUGUUAUGAUAUGUUUUUGACUUUUAUUCCUGUUUAAUCGGUGAAUUGACUGAAUGCACGUUUUGAAGAGGCAAUAGUAAUCUACAGCUGGGGUGUUUAUGUG